AUGGCAUCAUCUUCGAAUUCGCCAUGUGCAGCAUGCAAGUUCCUCCGACGAAAAUGCCAGCCGGAAUGUGUCUUUGCACCCUACUUCCCGCCGGACCAGCCGCAGAAAUUUGCCAAUGUUCAUAAGGUGUUCGGAGCCAGCAACGUCACCAAGCUUCUGAACGAGCUGCACCCUCACCAACGGGAAGAUGCCGUGAACACACUGGCUUAUGAAGCCGAUAUGCGACUCCGGGAUCCGGUUUAUGGGUGUGUCGGAGUUAUCUCUCUCCUCCAACACCAACUCCGGCAGCUUCAGAUGGAUCUAACCUCCGCCAAAUCCGAGCUAUCCAAGUACCAGAACCACCACUUGUGCCAUAUGAAUGACGCAUCUACUCAUGGAGUACUGAUUUCUCCGGCGGCUGCUGCCACCAACCACCACCACCACCAUCAUGACAUGGGGAUGAUCAACUUGAUUGGUGGUGGUGAUGAGGUGAUCAGUGAAGAGCGGCUGUACCAGCAGCAUGCAGAGUUCUUUCCCCACACGGCGGCGAUAAGGGGUUUUGAUGUGAAAUGUAGUUAUGACGGUGUUGGGCAACACAUGCAAUAUCAGCAACAUAGGGCUGCCGGAAGUGCUGGUAGUGAUGAUCGGAGAACACCCAUUGAUCCGUCUUGA